AGCCAAUCACAGGAUGCUCUUGAAGUUGCCUUCAGUAUAAUCGCGAGCUGUGCUUUUGUGUUCAACCUUGCCUUCUGCGCAGUGCUCUUGAAGAAACGUGCCAUGCUCAAAAAGCCACAUAAUUCUCUUCUGUUUAACUUGGCCGUGACCGAUUUACUUACAGGUACAGUAUGCAUACUUUGAUUUAACUGCACUUUUGUCAUACACUAGGAUGGUAGAUUAGUAGUAUACAGUGCCGGAUCCAGGGUAGGGCCCACUCCGUAUUUUUCGACCAAAAUGAGGCCCGAAGGGCCGAAAAAAAUUUGUUUGGAAAUAAGAAGAAAUACCGUAAAAUUCCGAAAGUAAGUCUCUCCAAAUAUAAGCCCCCCAAACCGGUAACGCAAAAAAACCCUCCGUUAAAUCGCCCCUCCAAAUAUAAGCCCCCCAGGGACUUGUACUUUGAAAAUUGCCCUCAAAUACAAAGUAAAACAAAGCAAAAACGGAAAAUUUACUUCCAACUACAAGGUUAGCCCAAUCGAUUUUGAAACGCAAAUUUCCCUUUGUAGAUAAGCCCCUCCGAAUAUAAGCCCCUCAAAAAGGGCCUUUGAAAAAUAUAAGCCCUGGGGAUUAUUUUCAGAAUUUUACGCUAUUCUUAUCAGUACGAACACCCCUUCCCAUACUUAUUACUUGAAAUAAUCAUCUUUAUUCAGGCCCCAGUUGUUCAAAAGGUAGAUAACACUUGACUACCCACUGGAUAAAUCCCUAUCCAAUGGAUAGCGCAAUUGGUUUUCUCUUUUCUUAUCCGCUGGAUAGUGAUUUAUAUCCGAUGAAUAGCGCUACCCAUCGUUUGAACAACCAGGCCCAGAUAAAUGAAUCACAAGGGACUUUAAGAUUGAACGACGCGAUAGCCUGCGAGCAAGCUCUCCUGUUUGGGCGAGUGAAACGAGUCUCGCGAGAACGCUUAACCGAGCGGCGAGAGCUUGCUCGCUGGCUAACGACGCGACAGCAACGACAACGCCGCUUAAAAAUUGAAUUUGCGUUCUUCUAGUCGUUAUCGCUAUUAUUCCUACUUUCUUACUUUGCCAAAUGUAAGCGAACCCUUUUCACUUAAAAUUAAAUUCCAAGGGACCGUAUUCAAGUUCAGUGAGCGAAAUAAAACUUCGCCUUUGCUUGUUUAUGUUCUCCAUAAAACACAAAAUAAGGCAUUUUUACGUCGUAAUUGUGCAAAACGGCAAAGAAAUGUUCAAAAAAGUGUGAUGCACGUGCAGAGUUGUUGUUUUGCUUAUUAAGGGUCUGUUUACAUGGAGUGGGGGACCCCGGUCUAGUGGGGUUGGCUUCUUUUGUUUUCACGCUCUGGGGAACACAAAACAAAAGAAACCUACCCCACUAGACCGGGGUCCCCCACUCCAUGUAAACAGGCCCUAAAUUACCUAUUGAUUUUUAGACGUUCUCGUGGCUGUCGCGUCGAUGAAUCUUAAAGUCCGUACUAUAUAGCCUGGGACCAGGGCAGCUCUUCAGUGGGGAAAAAGACAAAAAAAGGGGUCAAAUACGACAAAUAUCGGCGAGCGAAGCGAGCCCUGCGAUGGCCUGGGGAGGGGGAAAGGGCGCCAUCCUUCACCCUUUCACCUCCCAAGACUACGCUACCUUUCUUUCGCCCACUCCGAUUUUUUUUCCUUUUUCCCCCAAUGCGGAGCCUGGUCCCUAACUCCCUUGUUUUCCUUAUACUUAUCUGCCGUGUUUUAUAUCUAGUUGGCAUCCCUGUGCAGCGUUUGAACAACCGGGACCUGAUGUUUGUUUUAGUGGGCACCAACCCUGAAUUACUUUCUUUCUUGACAGGAGCCUUUGUGGUUUUAACACCCGGUUACAUCUCAGAUGAACCCUUGUUUCCAAUAGCUGACGGGUUUGGUGGUGAGCUGUUUUGCGCGCUACUGGGUAAUAGGUACCUUCUCUUUACUGUGGCCAAAGUAUCCAUUUUGCUGGUCACAUGUCUUGCCGUGGAACGCUGGUACUGUGUGAUGAGACCAAUAAAGUACAAAAUACAAUUUGGAAGAAGAAGGCUCAUAAUUUACAUAGUGGUUUCUUGGAUCGCUAGCUGUGCUUUGCAAAGUCACAAAUUUCUUGAGCAAAAACUCAGUGGAAAUAAAUGCGUUCCUGUUGAUAUUCCUUAUGGUAGAGAAGGUGCACAAGCAUUCGUUGCAGUCUACAGUUUCAGUACUUUUGUAAUCCCUUGUUUCGUCACGUGGCUUACCUUUGCACAUAUAAGGUUUCGUGCACCUUUUGAGCUGAAUAUUAAAUCGUCGCAGAGAGAGCGCCGGGAAAGACAGCAAAAGAUCAUACUGCGCAUGUGCGCUUUGACAGCUGUUGUGUUCACAUUGUGUUGGCUUCCCGCCCAAUUGAGUUACACUUUAACUCCGUUUGGUAUCACUAGCGUUAGCAGUCCGUUCCACAAAGCGUGCAAUGUUAUUGCGUUCGUUAACUCGUGUAUAAAUCCUUUUAUAUACUGGUAUUAUCAUAGGGAAUACAGAAAAGAAUUCAUCCGGCUUUUUUGUUUCUGCAAACUC